ACCAACAGGAGGCGCGCGCGUGCACGCGCGGCGCUAAUGAAUGACAUCAAUGUCACAGACACACGCAGACGUGUGGAGAAUCUCGCGUGUGGAUGAUUUAACAUGCUCUUUUUUAUAUGAAUAUACAAACACAGAGAAUGAUCGUGGCGCGUUGCUUUGCGUCUUAUGCGCGUCACAGGAUGACGUUCAGAGCGUCGCGUUUACAGCACACGAUCAAUGUUUUGACACACACACCUACAAUAACACACAACUACACUACGACUACAGAAAACAUCUCACUAGUUCGACAGGCAUCUGCUGAGCAUCUUCAAACGCGCAACAGACACAGGUCUGUGGAGAGGUUUGAUGUCAGUAUGGUGGUGUCAGUCCUCAGACAGGAGAACGCCACAGAUGUGUGUGUGAUCAGAGUUCCAGCAGAGCUCAAAUACACCGAUCACGUGAUCAUCGUGACUGGAUCGUCUCCACGACAUCUCACCGCCAUGGCAGAGUUUCUGAUCAAAGUGUUUAAGUUUCUGCGGAGGCACGAUGACGCUCACGUUCGGCUGGAGGGACGGGAUUGUGAUGACUGGAAGUGCAUUGACUUUGGACCUCUGGUGAUCCACCUCAUGCUGCAGGAGUGCAGAGAAACAUACGAGCUGGAGAAACUCUGGACGCUGCGCUCGUACGAUGAGCAGCUCGCUCGGAUCCCGCAGGAGAAGCUCCCCGCAGACUUCAUUUAUGAUAUGAACACAAUCCAGACCAGUGUGUGAUCAAAUAAAAGCUUUUGUGAGGAAGUUUGUGUUCGCUUUAUUUUCUACUGAAGACUACACACCAGAAACUCGCUGAUGUUAAACCUGUGAUGUUUAAAAUAAACACAUCUCAGUGACGAUUUAGAUUUCC